AUGGGUGAAAUUCAAACCGAACUGACGUUGAAGGCCGGUCCACCGUGGGGAUUCAGGAUGGCGGCGAGGGAUAAUGGUCAAGUGUUCGUUUCGCAGGUAAAAUAUAGCAAUUCUUUAUUUUUUAGGCUUAUUGUUGGCACGCUUAGAGUUAGUAGGCCUAAGGUUAGUAGACUUAAGCUUAAUAGACCUAGGCUUAGUACGCAUGUCUUUACUAGGCGCUCAGUUAGUAGCCGUGAGCUUUGAGACUUAAGCAUUAACUGCUUCAAUUAGGCUUAGUAGACAUAGGCUUAGCAGGCUUGGUGUUAUUAGGCGCUUAGUUAGCAGCCUUAAGUAUCAAGAUUUAAACCUAGUAAGCGUUAUCUUAUUAGGCUUAGUAAUUGUGCUUAAAAACGGCAGGGUUUAGUAAGCUUAAGCUUAGUAAACCAAGGCUUAGUAGGCUUAUUUUUGUGCUGAUUACAAACAAUAGUACAUGUUUAGAGCUGUGAUAUGACAGUUUGUUUAUUAUCAUGUUAUUAUUUGUUUAUAUUAAGGACAUUCAACUAAUGUGACUAAUAAAAUCUAUCUUUUUUAAAAUUUUAUAUCAUAGCCAUACUCUACCCUUUCCCUAUUUUUCACUCUACUCUUUCUUACCCAAAAUAAAAAAAAACUUUCAGGUCCUCCUAAACGGGUGUGCCGACCAAGCCGGACUAGAAGUUGGAGACAUAAUCGAAAAAAUUGCCAAUUGCCCAAUGACAGAUUUGGAAAAAGCUCACGAAGCGCUACGCAACGCUUCGGGCUCGCUUUGUUUAGCUGUUAAAAGGUCAGUUUAGAUCUUUAAAUCAUUUUUUUAUUUGUUUAUCUUUAAUUUUGAACAUUUUUUAAUUUAAAAAUUUAACUUUUAAGAACCGAAGACAGGAAAACGCCCUAUUUUUUCCUAAAAAUGUGGCUUUUUGAGUGGGAAAUUCAAACAGGAAAUUUGUUCAACUACAAAUUUGAAUAUUGCCUCCGGCUAUUUUUAAAGUUUUUUAAAAGAAAAAGGCAGUUUUUUAAACUGGGAUCUUAGUUUGUUAGCCUUUUAGUGAUAUUCUUACUAUUUUUCCCACAUAACUACCGCUAAAUUUCAGAGAAAACGAUUCGGAUAUCAGUUUGAUCAACGAGAACGAUCCACCAAAGGCGUUGAAGCCAUUCGAAGGCUUCAGAGAAUCUCAGAACCUUCAAAGUCACCCUUUCAACAACACACAUCAAACUACAGAAGCCUACCGAAUCUCUUCUGAAUACAUAAAGCCUUGUGUUGAUCAUCAGAAGACUCCAGAAGCUCCUAAUCAGAAAGCUACUGAAAGUUUUGCGCAAAAGUAUUCGGAAUCUACUAACAUAAGGUCUUCUGAAUCUGUUGAUCAAAAAGUUCCUGCAGGCAGCCCUUUGAAGCCUUCUGAAAUCACUUCCCUGAGGUCUCCUGAAGCGACUAAGCAGACAUUGAAUCAUAGACAGCCUGAAGUAAAUCCAGUUCAAGGAAAUUUAUCAGUAGACCUACAGCCUCUACCUGAUAACCUCACAGUAGACGUUAAAGACUCACGAAAGUCUCCAUCACCUCUACACAGCCCUGAAACUUACCAAGCUCAGUUCAUCAAUAGCCCGGGGUCUAUUGAGUCCAACAGUGUUAGAGGUAGCUCUAGGUCACCGUUACUUAAGCAUACUAAAGGAAUAGUUAAUCAUACUGAAAAAGUACUUGAUUAUACUCAAAGAGACCUCAACCAUACUCAAGGACAAAGACUUGAGAGUCAGCAACAGGGCUUACAAGAUCCAACAGAUCAACAGAAAGGUAAAAAAAGUCAUAUAGAAGGUCGAAAAAGCCCUGUAGGCGAAAAAGGUCCUGUAAAAAGUGAACAAGGUCCUGUAAAAAGUGAACAAGGUCCUGCAAAAGGUGAACAAGGUCCUCUAGAAGGUAAACAACAUCCUGUAGACCAACACAACGCCCUACAAAACCCUGUAGCUCAUCAAACGUACCUACCACAACAUAAAUUCCAAACUCAAACACAAGAACAGAUAUUAUCACCUGAAGGACCUCAAUUUCCUGAAAGAGUAACCUUAAUAGACUCUUAUCAUGAAGCUUCCAAUAAUUUAUUAAAAUCUUGUCAGAGCCUAAAAGAAACCUCAAGUUCUCAAGAAGUUUCUUUACAACAAAAUCAACAAGGUAAUAAGCCUCAAGUUCAACAAUAUAAUCAACCGCAAUCUGAAGAACACAACGUACAACACGUUCAACAAAGACAACAGAGCAAAAACAAAACAAAAAUAGAACAGCAAAACAAUACACAAGCUCAUACAGGCCUACAACAACCUAAUCCAAACCUAAAACAAGAUCAACAAAGCCUCAAACCCAAUCAGAACCUAAAGCAAGAUCUACCCAGCCAAAACCAGGACCAACCAGUUCAAAAACUACCCCCUCCAGUUCUUCCAAAGCCUCCUACACCAACUCUAAAGCAAAAAGUCGAGGAAGAAGACGAAGAAAGUGAAGCGAUAUCAGAAAGAAUCGACAAUAACAAAUCAUUAACUGAAGGAAAUAACAAGACUGUUGAAUUUAUUCAAGCGACAAGGCAUAUUACUGCUGUUGAAAAUAGUCUUGGUUCAGUACAACGCUUUGAAAGAGCAGACCAGAGCUUGGAAAGUCAAAGCCUAGGUUCUGGAAGAAUUUUAGAAGAUCAAGGCUUGAAAAAAGGUCAAGGAAUAGGACAAGAUCAAGUGCAAAACCAAGGAAUUCAAGAAAAUCAAAGAAGAAACCAAGAUAACCAAGAAAAUAUUAAUUUAGCUUCAAAAGAAGACCAGCAAUAUCCCGAAAAUCAAAUCCAAAAUCAACAAGAACAACAUCCAAACCAAUCUCAACAAAAUCAAGAAAAUACCAACCAAAUCCCAGCACAAACCCGCCCAUCUUUAGCCUCAUUAGAAGCCAAACUUCAGCACUUCGAAGACAAAAUCAAAGACGACGAAACUACGAAAAACUCGGCCAAACCCGACGACCUUCCUCGCGGCCGCAUCUCGCUUGAAGUCGGCGCCAACGACUCCCCGAAGGCUCCACGGUCGGUUUCAUUGGCCGCGGCCUUAUCUCGAAAACCCCCACCGGCCAAGAAUUAUCUUGGCGGAUUCCAAGGUUCGGCUUCUGAUAAGAAACGCUUCUUCGAAGUUCAAGCGGCACGACUGACUUCACCGCCACGAAAAAUGGGUAACAGACGGAGUCGACCAAAGUCCGUGGCUGGAAAUCCGUGUUUCAGUCGAAGUCAGGCUAGUACACCAACUUUCGGGCAGGGUUUCAGCAGCUCUUACUACUAUCGCUCUGAGAAUUCCACACCGGUCAAGUGAGUUACUUUGAAGUUGUUUUAGGUCUGCUUGCAAAAAUCAGAAAAAAAUAAUAUCACCAUCGUAAUUAUGAAGUUUAGUACCUAGCAAAACACGUGAUAUACUAUUUCUCAAAUUUAGGAAAUAAAAAGUCUUCCCUGUAUUGCUUUUAAAACUUACCACGCCUGACUUCCUAAAAAAUCAAGCUAGAAAUUGAAUUCAAGGCAAAAAACCCUCAAAAACAAAGAUAUAACUUUACAUUUUGCCAUGAAAACAUAAAGAAAUUGUGUAAAUAAUGUUCGGAAUAGUUUUAUGAUUAACUUAUAGCAAAGUAAUUGACAAAUUACAAUCAAAAUAGCCUAAAACAUCUAAAACAAUAUCGAAAAAUUGCGAGAAAAUUAAUUUUUCCUGCUUUUGACACUUCGCCACAACUUUUGUGACACUUCGCGAAAGAAAUUAAAAAAUAUUAAAUUUUUUUGGGUAAAAUUUGUAUUGUAGACAUAGCUCGAUUAUGUAGAUUGAUAAUUUUAGCUAUUUUUGCCCUCCGGGCGUUAAAAUGACCAAUAACAAUGUGGAGCACCUCAGCCGGUCGUUCACUAAUUCUGGUGAGUUAAAAUACGACAAUGAUUGAGACUUCGGUUUAUAAAUUUAAAUUUUAAUACCUAUUUUGAUAAUUUUAAACAAUUUUACACAAAAUUUCAUAUUAAAAAAGCAAAAAAGUCUUGUCGUCAAUUUACCUUAUUCUUCAUUGCAAAAAACGACAAGACUUUUUACUCAUAAAUAUAGUUAUAUUUUCAAAACACAUCAUUCAAAACGUUUUGUCAGCUGUCGCUUUGAAUGGACUGACCUUUGAAAUUACGUUUUUUUGAUACUUUUUUGUAAGAUUAAUUGAUAAACAUUUAGAAAAUUCGAAUAUUUGGGACGCACAUAACCACAAACAGACAAUGGAAGGAUCGGAAGGAGACGGUCUGGGGAAUCAAGUGAGUAUUUUGUAAUUUGUAAAAGUGAAUUCUUAUUGAAAAUGGCAUUUUAGGGUUUAGACUGGCUUGGUAGAUUAUAAAAUUCAAAAAUUGAAAUUUUGUUACCUAUUUUUUUAAUUAGGCUUGUAACGGUAAGGCAGAGUAGUGUAAAAUAAAGAGGAAUAACAAUGUACGGCAAGGGAAAACAUGGUAGGGUAGAGCAAGACAAGGCUUUGAUAAUGGUUCGACUGAUUAUAGGGUUAGAGCCAAGGCUACACAUGAAGAACGGGCCGGGCCCAUUUGUCAUGAUGGGCCCGACCUAAAUUUGGGCCAAGGCCGACUCGGCACGAUGGUAGGUUCGCCUUGUUCCUCGUGUCUAGCAAAGGCUAGGACAGAGUGGAGUUGGUUAAAGUAGGGGAGAGUACGGUAGGGUAAGAUAAGGUACGGUGAGGUAGGGAGAGGGGUAGGGUAAAGUAUGGUAGUGUAGGAUUGACUUUAUGGACAGGACAAGACAGGGUAGGGUAGAGUAGAGUACGGUGAGGUAGAGUAGGGUAGAGUAGGAUAGGAUAAAGUAUUGUAGAGUAGAGUAGGUUAGGGCAGGGACGUCGCUACAGAUUUUCUCUGGGGGAGGGGGAGGCCGAAAAAAUUUUUUUCGUUUUUUGCGUACAAUUUUUUUUCGGAUCGGCUCUGGGGGAGGGGGGUCCCCCCCCUCUCCCUCCCCCCAAACUACGUCCCUAGGUUAGGGUAAGAUAAGACAAAUAAUACUUACAUCUUUAUUUUUCAGCCAAACCACCUAUCUCAGUCUAAAACCACCCCUUCAACAAUUGAUCAACCAGCCACGCCAAUCAGCUACCAAGUUCAAACAACUCAAAUUUCACAUACGGACAGUAAUAACAACACUUCAAGCAUUAAACAUGAAGGUAAUCAUCAAAUUGACCAACCUAAUCAUCAACCAGCUCAUACUGAUAAUAAUGUGAAACAAGGUGAUAAAAACAAUGGCAGUAAUGAGGAAAAAGCGGUCAGCAAGACGAAUCUCGAGCCGGUGGAGCAAAAGCCAGUGCUGAGCAGAGUACAGACUCCAGUUCGGGAAUGGAGUACUGUAACUUAUGUUAAGAAGGAGGUAAGGUAUAUUUUUAUUUGGAAUCUUGAAAGAUUUAGUAAGAAAAGGCAAGGCAGUGUUAGAAAAUUGAUUUUUAUUGUGUUGGGUGGGGUAAUUUGUUUAUUAGAAUAGUGUAGCGCAGGAGAGGACAGGGUCAGGGACGUCGCUACGGAUUUUCUCUGGGGGAGGGGGAGGUCGAAAAAAAAUUUUUCGUCCACAGGUAGGGAGGGACCUGUGGACCGAUUUUUCAAAUUUUUUUUUGUUUUUUUUUGCGUACAGGUACCUACCUGUGCAAUUUUUUUUCGGAUCGGCUCUGGGGGAGGGGGAUACCCCCCCCCCUCCCCCUCCCCCAAACGAAGUCUCUGGACAGGGUAUGUCAUGGUGGGGUAAGCUAGUAUAACAUAAGGCUAGGAAGAGGUAAAGUAAGAUAGUGUAAGGUGGGGCAAAAUAGGUUAAAAGCUUUUAGGUAGGAAAAAAUUAAUAAAAAUAUUGUUGUAGAUACCAAUCCUAGCUCAACCAUAUUCACCACCCCCUGAAAUGCCCAGAUUCGAUUCUCCAGAGCCUAGGCUUAUGAAACCUGUACGGUAAGUUAAUAAAGGUAAUUUUUACUUAAAAAAGUGAUUUUUAUUUUUUUCCAAGCCUAGUCUAAUCUUAACUUUGACUGCAAUGUGCAGUAAAAGUCAGAGAAAAUUAAAAAAUAUUUUUUUGAAAUAUUGAUUUUAAUUUGCCUUUACAUAUUUUUGGCAAAGAUUUAAAAAGAUAUUUUAAAAUUUGCAUACUUUACAUUUUUUAAUUUUUGCACCGUGCAAUAAUUUUAAAAGUCUGCACUGUGCAAAAUGUUCAAGAACUUGUGGUCUAAAUUUUUAAAAUAUUGAUUUCAACUCGUCUUUUCAUAUUUUAAUUAAAUUUGUCAAAAAGUUUAUGAAAGUUAGCAUUUAUUUCACAUAUUUUAAAAUUUUUGCACCGUGCAAUUUUUUUAAAAUGCUUGCAAAGUGCAAACUGUUCGAGAAAGUUUGACCAAAAAAUUUUUUAAAUAUUGGUACUAACUUGUUUUUAUAUAUUUUUAUCAAAAAUGUUAAAACUUUUCUCAAAAUUUGCAUAUUUGAUGCUUCUUAAUUUUUUGCACUGUGCAAUCAUUUUAAAAAGCCCGCACUGUGCAAAAGCUCUUUUUUUCAGUAGCUCAUUUUAUUUUUAUGUUAUUAUCGUUGUCUUUUGUUUUUUGUUUACAUGACAAGCAAAUAUUAUUAUAAAAAGCGAACGUUUAUCAGCGAAAUUAAAUCACUGAUUAGUUUAUGGAGCUUGAGUCUUCUACUUAUAAUUUUACUAGAGUUGGUUUUGGUGGUCUAAAAAUACCUGGAAUUAAAUUUUUUUAGAAAUUUUUAAAAUUGUAAAAUACGAUUUGUUGAUUGAAGGAAUUUAUACUUAUAUAUUAAUUAAUACUAUAUAAAAUAUGUAAAGUAAUGUCUGUUUUGCAACUUUUCGAAUUUGAUUUAGAACGGUAAGUUUUAGUUUUAUUCUACGUCUACUCUUACUGUUUUUCUCUCUCUAAAUGGAUAGGCUUGGGUUGGCUUUACUUGGUUAGGCUUGCUUUGAGAUGUCCUGCCUUACUUUCGUCUUGCCUUUGCCUUGCCUUGCCUUGCCUUGCCUUGCUCUACGCUACCCUAUCCUACGCUACCCUACCUUACCAUAACUUACCCUACCCUACCUUGUUUUGCAUUAUACUGCUUUACUAUGCUUUAACCUAACUUUAUAUUACUUUUAUCGUACCUUACUAUGGAGUUAUUAUAGCUUUUUAAUGGCUUUUCUUUAGCCCUGCCGUACUAUGCUCUACUUUGACCAACACACAAUAGAGCAUAGUACGUUUUUUACAAACUUAUUUUUAAAAUUUAAAAAACUUUAUAUUUAUUUAUAGACCGUUCUCCCUUUCCAUGCCCUCUCCAAAUGCUUCAAGUGACACUGGAUUCGUAUCAAACUUGUCCACGCCAAAGGUUAAAUUGGAUGAUAAGAUCGGAGAGCCAAAUGAAUCAUCUAAAAGUUCGGUCGAUUCAGCGAUUCCGAAUAUGCUCGAACCCAACGUCAGAAAUGGCUAUGCAGCUUCGUGUGAAGAAACCGAGGAAGAAGGGGGCGCUGUGUCACCGCUACAAGUUGAUGAAGCCGAUUGGUACAAGGAGAUGUUCAGGAAAAUGCACGUGCUGGAAGGUGGGUGAAGAGUUAUAUUUUUGUUUGGAGGGGUUGGGUGGGGUAAUUUUCUUAGUAGUGUAGGGUAAGGUAGAGUAAGGUAAGGUAGGGAGGGGUAGGCCAGAGUAGGGCAGGGUAGGAUAGGGUAGGGUAGGGUAGGGUAAGGUAGGGUAGAGAAGAGAAAGGUAAGGAAGGGUAGUGUCUGUUAUGGCAGUACGAAUACAGAACUAAGAUAUACGGCCUGAUCAACAGUGAGUAUUAUUUAGUACUUUAAAGAUAGUGAUGGUAUAUAAAUGGCUUUGAGAAUCAUUGGUACUAUACAGCACGUUAAAGCUAAUAACAGUAUGUAAACGUCUUAGGAAACCGAAAAUACCUUAUUGUACGUCAAUUGUUAGUGAUGGUAUAUAAACGGCUUGGGGAACCAUUACUACUAUACAGUACGUAAGGCAGUAACAGUAUAAACCGGAGUUAACAGUACGGAUACAAAACGAAUGUCAUAUUUUGUGAUGGGGUAUAUACGGCAUAGGAAACCUAUGUUUAUUCAACGUACUAUAUAGUACUAAAAUAAAGUACUUAUGACAGUACGAAUACAGUACAAAAAUCAAAAUAUAUACCAGGAAUGCUUUCAACAUCACAUUUGUUAUGAGAUAUAGGACGGCCGGGGUAAAUUUUAGUACUAUUUAGUAACACGUAAAGCAAGGGCACGGCCAUCGGUGCAAUAUAAAAAUCAUUGCACAGUACAGUUGAAAUAAUUUGAAAAACAGACGUUUUGAGUGCAAAAUUAGGGUAGAUAUAGUUGUAAAUCAAGAUUAUAGGUUCAGUUUGUCACAUUAAAAGGUAUUCCAAAGAGUUGACCGCGCUCGGUAAAAUUUUACAAUCGUUUUCGAAGCCGAAUUCAUGGUCAUUUGAUCUUGGUGUAUAUGUUUUGGGGCUGGUUGUUGGAUUUUUUUUUUGUAAAAUCCGUAUUAUGUAUACUUUGUGGCUUCAGAAAACUUAUAUACAUAAAAGUAAAAUGAAUUUUUUCAAUUUAAAAUAAAGCUUUGUAAAAAAAGUUUCUUCUAUUUUUUCUAAUUUUCUGCUGUAAACAAAGUUUCUGCCUUAUUUUAGUUUUGUAAAGAAAGUUUCUUCCUUUUCUUCAAAUUUUACACUGUAAAGAAAGUUUCUGCAUGUCAAAUCAAAAAAGUGCAUAAAAAUGAUUUUUUAUGUAAAUCACUUCAUGUUCAUGUCAUAAUGAUCAAAUAAGACGAAAAUUAGAUUUAAAUGAAAUACAAAAGAGGGAAUUGUUUUAAAGCCCUGGGGGCAUAAAUGAGUGAAAGAAUUGAAAAAAAAACGAUAUUUUUAUGGGUCUUUCCUUCGAAACAGAUAUGCUUUGAUUAUAUGUUUCUGUUACUAUUGUUUCGAAACUUUCGAGAUUCUAGAAUACUGUACUUCCUACUGUAACAUUUUAUUAUGUAUUUUGAAUACUGUGACUAAUUUUGGCCUACAAAGUUAACUUACGGUAAUGGAAGACUAUAAUUGUAAAUAUGAGGACAUUGAAGAUGAUGGUAAGAUUAGUCAAAAAUUACCCCGCCCAUGAAAAAAACGGCAAAAUUUACCCUGCUUUUAAUUUCUUUUGGGUUGUUUUUUACCACGCCCUACGUAUUUUUCUUUAAAAUGACUCUUGCCCUACCCCUUCCUGUAUCCCUAACCCGGCCCUUACCCCUAACCCGACCCCUACCCCUACUCCUACUGCUUGCUCUACCCCCUUGCUCUACUUCUUGCUAUACCCCUCUGGCUCUUACCCCUUCCUUUACCCUAAAUUUAAAAAAUUAUAAUAUUACCCUCCUUUCACGGUCUGUGGCUUUUCGUUCUCACACUGAACGAUCAAUGAGAACAAACAAAGAUUGGUCGGUUUGUCUCGCGCACUCUCGCCUCUUCUCGCUAUAUCAGGUUGCUUUUGAUUACUUAACCUCUAUAUAACGUUUUUUUGCUGUUUUCUUUUUGCUAAGCAGUUACUAUUAUUAGCCAAAAUUGUGGAUUUUUAGGGGAUUUAAAAAAUUUUUUUUAUUUUUUGAAAAAAUUAAAAUUAUGUAAGGAAAGAUCUGGUGCUUAUGGUCUGAGAGGCAGGAUUAGAGCAAAAGAGGCAGUGUACUAUAUUUUUAAUGAUGUAUGAAAUUAUAGUUGUUAAAGAAAAAUAACAAGGAAACUGCCAGAUUUUAACCAUCUGGACCUUGUCUUUAAUUUCUGCUUUAUCAAGUUUUUAAUGUCGUUUUCAUACACAAUUUUAAUCGUCCUCAAUAUUUUUCACCCAAUUUUUUUCGAGAUUAGUAGGGCCAGUCCUGUGGAGUCUUGAAAAAAAAUUUUUAAAAAAGUCCACAGUUUCUUGCCAACUUGUGGGAAAUUUUUUUUUCGUUUUUUCUUUUCUUCCAAACCAAAACUGCCCAUCCGCCAUUACCCUUACCCCUGAUCAUCAUUCUUAUCUCGUCUUAACCCAUCUAUUAUAUUACUCUAGAUCUGAAAGUGGGCCAAGUAAAUCCGGGCUGUGCCGAAAAAAAAUUUUUAAAGAGAUCGGGCAGGAGGGCAGGACAUAGUAGGGUAGGGUAGCGUAUGAUAAGGAUAAUGUAAAUUAAGUUAAGAGAUAUUAGGAAAAGGUAUGGUAAGUUAGGGUAUGGUAGAGAAGGGUAGGGUAGGAUAGGGUAGGGUAGAAUAACCCUGCCCCCUCCUUUCCCUAUCUCACCUUAUCUCCUAUCUCUCCCUCUUCCCCAAACCCAUUUCCCUCACCACCCUCCCAGAUCAGCACACUAUCUCGCAUGUUUAGCUUGGAGUUGUUGGCGACCUGAGGCCAAGAACUUUUGUAUCCGACAAAUCUUUUUAUUCCUCUCGAAAGUGCGUGAGACAAAGGACCCAUGACAUGAUAUACGGGGGACUAAAGAGAGAAACAUCUCGUUAUUAGAUUAUUGUUCUAUAUCCUCUUUAUUCCUAUUCAUAUGUUAUGGUGCUGUUUUGCAGUACUGGUUAGAAUAUUAUAAAAUUUUGGCGGUUUUUUGGAUUUUUUGGCAAAAUUUGAACUUUUUUUUAAAAUUUUGAAAAAAUUAGGCUUUGUAGUUGAUUUUAAAGUUGUUUUUCAUCUUAUACAUGGACACUUCUUCCAUUUUUUUAAAUUCAAAAUUUUUUUGAAAUUUAAAAUUUUUUUUUGAAUUUUUGAAAAAAGUUUCAUUUUUUUUUCAGUUUUAUGACUAAAAGUUCAUUUAAAAUCCCCAAAAAAAUUUUUGCAAAGUUAAAAACGUGCGUUAUUUGCUUUGUAAAGUUUAUUUACUUAUGUUUAUUCAACAAUCCUUUUGGGGGGCUUCCGGUAAAUAUGUUUACUUUUAUGACGACGGUCCUACUGGGGUUGUGUUGAAGGCUACUUUGUUACAUUCAACUUGUAAUUUACUAGAAAUGUAUUCGUCUGGCCGAAAUUUUGAUUUUUUGAAGGACUUAACUAUCGCAAUUUGUUUUUAAUGUCAAAAAACAAAGAAAAAAUUAUUGACCUGUCGAUUUUUUUUGUAAAAUACGGUGUUUGUAUCAAAGAUUAAAAUACAAAAAUUUAAGAAUUUUUCAAAAAUUGUGUAUUAUUAGGUUGUUAAAAUAAUUCUGUGCCCCACAAAUCCAAAAAUUUGCUUUAAAACAGAGCACAGAUUAUUUGACCAAGCUAAUACCUUACUAGUCUAAUGUUAUGACCCCGGUGGUAUUUACUCUUUGAGGGCUCAGAAUUAUUUGAACAUCCUAAUAUUAUAGUAUUUAGCAAAGUUGAACUCCAUAACAAGGCGAAAUAACACUUUGCUUUCUAAAUUUGAAUGUCUUGGGGAAAUUUUUAAAAAGCGAAAAAAUAAACGAAAAGUGAGGACCUGAAGGGGCACGUUCCUUCCUCUUCUUUGGCCUUCUCUUUAUGGCAAAAAGGUCGCGGAGAAUAUGCUAAAUUACAUUAUGUUUCGUCGAGAUUAACGGGUUUUUAUAUUGUUUCGACGAUUUUGGGGGAAACGUUGUUUUAGUUUUGCACAUUAUAGUAGAUUUUGUGUGAAUUUUCAAAAAUUUAGGUCGUUAGGGGACUAUUCAUUAAUUUUUAAAUGUAGUUGUUACUUUUGCAAACAUUUCUCCUAUUUUUAGUCGCUUUGCGCAGCAAAAAAUCAACAGUUUUUAAAAUUUCCAGUUCUACAUAAAGUUAGCGUAUUUUACAAUAACUUUAAAAUUUCUAGAUCAUUCCUUCCCUUCCCAACACCGUGAUCAACCUCUGACACCAGUACGAUCACCCCCACCGAUCCCUAUACAAGGUUCACAUCAGUCUCAGGAAGAUCUUGGAGGAUUUGAAGCCGCCCCACCGCGGAUCAAAGCGUUGGACCAAGAUCUACAUCAUCUACCUUACAGUAGUGACAAAUCUCAAAAUCACGUGCCCUAUACCCAAUCACACCAUUCUCCUCAAUCUCCUAUACCACGUGACUUAACCAGCCCUACUCAAGAAAAAUAUCGUAUAAAUAAUUCUACACAACAACAAUAUCAGCUAACUAGUCCAGAUCAACAACAAUACAACUCAAAUAAUCUUAAUCAAGAACUAGAUCAAAGACAGCUUCAAUCGCCGCAGUUUGAAGCAGAACAGAACAUUCAACAUCACCUACAACAAGGUCAAGCCUACCUCGAACAAGCUCAAGAACAGCUCGACGAGGAGAUGAAUGGCAGAAACAGUCGGUCGCAAAGUGUCCCACGACGCUACGAUCCCGUAGCCGACAUGGAAAUCAUCGACCAAGCGUAUCAAUUGAAAAAACGGUCGGUUAUGGGGAAUGGUCGAUUUUAUUCAAACCAAAAUUUGAAUGGAGAUUUACAAGGAAGAUUGAGUCCGUUUGAUGAAAGCUAUGGUGAGUUUGUAAUUUUUGGAGUAAGUAGUUGUUCUUUGCUUAUGAUAGGUAAAACUAUCACUUCAUAUUGGAUCUGGUUUUAUUUCGUAAAUAUUUUCUUCAAGAACGGUUUCGUCGAGUUGCCUAGAAUAAUAUAAUUAGAAACUAAUUUUUUAAAGAAGAUGUUACAAUAAUAUUUCAAAAACCUCUUUACCUCAAAAGAAAAACAUUCAAAAUGAAGAGAAUAAACAAAAAAUCGCGCUUUUUAUAGAGAAAUUGUUUUCCUUUUUGCGCCCAAUUUGCUGCAAACUGGGGAGCCUAAUUAUACUACUAAACUAAACAUUUCUGAAUUCAACUUUUCUAAUAUUAUAACAAAGCUUGAAUUAGUAAAAAUAAUACUAUAGCACUAAUAUGAGUGACUCUAAUACUAUUUCUAAUUGCAGUAACUUUACCUUUCUGAAAAUUCGAAAAACGUAAAAAAGAUAUUAUAUUAACAUUAAUAAUCUUUUGAAGUGCAAUAACAUUUUCAGAAGAAGUUUACAAAAAUGCCGGUGCAAUAGCGCGUCUAGCUGCUCCAGAAAUCUCAGUAAGAAGAUGCUCUCCAUCCUCCUCAAUCUCUAACAUAUCCCAUGUGUCACAACUUAAACCCACUCAUACCCAUUUUCAUCUACCUUCCCAUCGCUUACGACUAAACUCAGAAUCCGAUCGACCAAAGAGUGCUUCAAGUAAUGCUACGCGAUCAGUGAAAACUCCAGAAGUCAGUUGGUUAGAGGUUGAACAAUUUAGCGAAAAAUUGGGAAAACCAACAAAGCUACGGUGGAAACAACGAUCUUUGGAGUCUGUAGCCGAUCAAACUGUUCAACAUCAAAUUGAAGAUAAGUUGGAUAAGGCAUCCAGAGACUUGGAUAGACUGCUUGAUGAUUUACAAUUACAACAUCUAAAGGCUAUGAGAGCGGAUUCUGGAGUGUAUUGUUCUAGCCGAUCCACUAGUUCUAACGAGUGCAAUACAGGUACUAAUAGUUGUGGUUUGAAGUGGUUUUGAGUAACUAGUUAUUAGUAAUGGCAGGCGUGGGUUUGGGACUAAUUUUAAGGAUAGAGGGGAUGUUUUACAAAUUUCUUUUCAGAAAUUAAAUUUAUAAUAAGACCAAAAUUUUUAAGCCUAAUGAUAACAUUUAAAAAGUUUUUUUAGGAUUUUUACAAAACGGUACAGCAACAUUAUCAAAAGGUGCUAGAGAAAUGAAACGGCUACAAAAAGAGGAAAUGCUAAGCCGACAAAGAGCUGAUAAACUUACUUCUGAACUUGAUGAUCAGAGGUCAAGACGACAUGGAUACAUGUAAGUUAGCCUAAAGUGGCAAAAAAGUAAAAAUUUUACCUAAACAUUAAAAUUUGACUCAAAAGGUUUUAAUUUGGCAAAACGAUAUUAAAAUGUUACCUAAAAAUCAAAAUAAUACUAUAUUAAAAUUUCAGUCCAAACGUUUCCCCAUCACUACAGAACAACUACAAUCGACUAGAUCAACUUUUGGUCGAUUUUGAUCAACCGAGAAGGCCAGCCACGUCAAUGAGUGCUCCUCAAAAACAACUAAUGCACUCGACAUCAGCUCACUCGUUGAACAGAAGACCAGCCACAAGCAAUGUACUUACUUGCACCGUGCUGUACAAGUUUGUCGCUCAACAUCCUCGGUAUGACAAUGCUUUACAAUAGCAUUUUCUUUGGCUAGGCUUGCUGUAGUAUUUAAAUUGUGUAAAAAAGCUUUUAAAAUUUUUAUUUCAGUGAACUAUCGUUGAACCGAGGCGAUGUGGUCCGAGUUCACCGUGAAGUAGACGAUCAUUGGCUGGAAGGGGAAAGGAACGGGCAUGUUGGUAUCUUCCCGGCUUCGUAUGUUCAGGUAGCUUAUUUUCUCGAUAUUUUAGUAUAUUUUUAAAAUUUUUUUUAUUUUGAAAAAUUUUUUUUUGAGAAAAAAUUGAACUUGGUCCCCCUUGUGGAUUUUUCAAAAUAAAAAAAAAGUUUGUUUUUAAGAAAAAAUUUUUAACUUUAAGACUCUUUAAUUAUUCUAAAUCUAAUGUAAAGCAAUUUUCAGAUUGACUCCGAUGUCACGACCAGCGGUCGAAACCGAGUUCGAGCCAUCUACCCCUUCCAGGCUCGAAAUUCGAAUGAAUUAUCGCUGAAAGCUGUAGGUUUAUCAAUGGUCUUUUACUUUUUUUUGACUGUUAGAUGAAGAUACUGAUUUAGACGUAUUUUACGCUGGACUUUGAAGUUUUUUAGAAAAAAAAGGUUUGAGAUUUUAGUCAACGUACUCCCCCCUGUGGAGAAAAUUGAAAAUUUUGGGAUUUUUUUUUUCUGUUUUUUGACUUCUUUGUCGAUUUUUAUACAAAUCAAGGGGGUACAGGAUGAACAACGUAAUAUUACAGUAGAAAAUUAACUAUUUCGCUUAUUUCCCCCAAUUUUUCAGGGUGAAAUCCUAAAACUUCGUCGAGAAAUUGACUCGAAUUGGGUAGAAGGUAACAACUCUCAUGGUAGUAUCGGUAUCUUUCCCCGAUCAUACGUCCGAGACCUUGAACUCGACGAUUCCGACUUCUCGUCAGCCUCUGGUGGAAUUCCAGACCGGCCGAAAACUCCGAAACUGCCAAACUCAAACAGCACCAAUUUUAACAGGUUGGUUUGA